AUGGAGAAAUCGUUGAUUGAGCUUUUCGAAAAAGUUGAUGGCAACAAGGAUAGAAUGAUGAGCAAGGAUGAACUCAAGGAUGCUUUGAAACAGCUUUGCGAAACCGUCAAAAACGACUCCACUUCUCCCUUGUAUUUCAUUCUCAGCGAUGUUGACCUUUCGGACUCCAACUUGGAACGAAUAACGCGAAAAGCCUUCAACGAAAUCGACACCGAUCGCUCUGGAACAAUCACUUUUGAAGAAUUCGCCAAUUCUGAUUGGACCCUUUCUCUGUGA